GGCACAUUGUGGUUUGGGCUUUGCAGGGUUAAAUUCACUUCCUUGUUUAUGAUCAGUAGGGCUAAGUCCAUGGGGGACUUUUACGGUAACAGGUAAAGGAGAAACCAUUUUUUAAAUUUUAGUUUACUAUUGAUUGCUAAAAGUUAAUUAAAAUGAAAUUCCUGUUAGCAAUGUUGUUAAUAUGAUGCUUCAGAACAAUCAUCACGGAAGAAAACUGUGAUAGAGACUGUUGGCAGAUCAUUAUAAAGCAAGUUGAGAAAGUGAAAGUACAUCUGCCUUUCGUUAUGAACUCACCUGGCUUACGGAUGGAGAAUAUUUCUAUGUUUGUGUUACCACUCAUAUUUCUGCUGUGUCUUGUGGGCUCAGGCAGCCUCACAUGGGCAGAAGGCAUAGAGGUGAAAGUGGGGACAGAUGCGCUGUUGCCCUGCAAAAAACCACCAGAUGCAACUGAAGUGCGAUGGUAUAAGAGCGACAAUGAACAAAUCGUUCAUCUCUACAUCAAUAAAAAAGAACAGCAACAGGAAGAGUACCAUGGCAGGACUCAUCAAAGAAAUGGCAGUCUUGUGUCACCCGUGUGA